AUGAAUGACAACAUCCCAGACCCUUUAACUUCAUUUUCACUUUCUUCUGAAAACCAAACAGGGUCUAAAAUGGAUUCAGCCGUUUCUUGUUCUUUGAAGCGAAAGAGACCCCCCAAGAUUGAGAUCCCAAAGGUAUUGCGUGAUAUUGGUAUCGACACGAAGGUCACAUCCAUAGACUGUGCCAGUCAAGAAGAGGCCUUCUGUUUCAGUGGGUUUGGAGUCGGGGUUUCCACCGUUAAAGGCAAGAAAAAAUUCAUGGAAGAUAACCACAAGAUUGUUUCUUUCCCCAAUGGCAGCAAGGGGUUUUUUGGGGUUUAUGAUGGGCAUGGGGGUUCCAAGGCCGCGGCGUAUGUGGCAGAGAAUUUGCACACAAACAUUUUUGAAAUUUUGAAGAAUUGUUCAGGGAAUACAGAGAAGGAAGAAGCCGUUAAGCAGGGUACUUAA